CUUAUUUGGAAAAAUGAUGCCUGAUGAUUUUAACCAUAUGGCCAACAUUAUCACAGUUCUCUUCGAGCAAAUCAUUGCUAGGAACCAUCAAAAGAUGGCUGAGUCUGCCGACACGGAUACUGUCAUGGAGGAGAAACUUGAUGAAUCAAAGAUCUUUGAGAACCCUGAGAUCACUAAAUUUGACUUCUUUGACACUGUUUAUCAAAUAACUUCAGUGUUAGGGCAGACGAAUCCUUGCUUGAUCAGUGCUCUGAUCAUAAUAGACCGUUUCUCAGUCAGAAAUCCUUCAUUUAUGAUUACGCAGGACAACAUUCAGAGGCUUUUGGUGGUCAGCGUGAGUGCUACGGCUAAGAUGCAUGAUGACUUCUACUUCUCGAACAAGAGCUGGUGACAGCUAACAGGGAUGGAUGUCCGCACCUACAAUAAGAUGGAAGCCUUGUUCAUCAAGAUGAUGGAUUUCGACUUUAAUAUUGACCAGAGUUACUAUAACACCUACUGAAAAUCUUUGUAUACAUUCAUUCAGUCGGUGGAGAAGGACUUGAGACAUUCAUUUGCUCAAAUCUGUAGAUACGCUGCGGCUCAGGACUCGGCCCAGUCUGAAGUUGCUGCUUAAAUCUUUCGUUCUUCCUCUAUUGGCUCUUUUUGACCCAGGUUUUUACUGAAGGGUCUUGAAGAGCUUUUAAGGCCGAACUUUUAACAUAAAGCGCAAGCAGCCUCCGCUAUAAAGGAGGCUACUUCCUUUUUGUGGUCUAAUAAGUAUCUUUCUAACAAUAGAUUUCGAU